GACGGGGACGGGGACGGGGACUGGGACGGGCUCAGGCCCAAGAGCAGGCGAAGGCGCAGGUGUCCGGGGAUGGGGGCGCGGCGGAGCUGGCUCUGGCAGCAGCGGCGUGUCGGACAUGGGGAGGUGUGCGGGCCCAGAGCGCCCCUGCAUUCCGCCUGGGGCGCAGAUACCCCAGCCUGGUCACGAGGGCGGGGACAGGGGUGUAUGUAGCCGCCACUGUCUGUCCGGGGCCAGGUGGCUGCCUGGGCCACGCCCGCCCCAACGCAGAGCCGCGGCUCCUGUUCCGGAUCCGGCUGGACUCUGGGGAAGCCUCGGUUUCACCUGGCUCUGGGACCCCACCACUGAGCCGUUCCCAGCCUCUCUCCCUGCUGCCCCUGGAGCUCCUCCCUCCCCACCCCUCAGGGCCACCGAGCAGGUGAGCAGGUGGGGCCUCAUCAGGCCUCCUUUGCUGCCUGGGAUGCAGACAGGGCCUCCAGGCUUCCUAUGACCUCCUGCCCACAGGCUCUGACACCUGCCGCAUUCCAGUUCUCCAGCAGGCCCCUGGUGAGGGUGUCCAGGUCCCCAGGUCAGGGACGGAGAGAGGACUGCAGGUGGUCAGACCAGGAGGGAUGGAAGGCCGGCCAGGCCUCGGCUGGGCAUCCUGUUAUUCCCCUCUGGCCCUAGCAGGUUCCAGUAGCUGGCUCGGUGCUCUUCUCGGCCACCUGCCAUGGCCCGGGGGCUGCCCAGCAUUGCUAGCCUGGCACGCUUAUGCCAGAAGCUGAACCGCCUGAAGCCGCUGGAGGACUCCACCAUGGAGACGUCACUGCGGCGCUGCCUGUCCACACUGGACCUGACUCUUCUGGGCGUGGGCGGCAUGGUGGGCUCGGGCCUCUACGUGCUCACAGGUGCCGUGGCCAAGGAGGUGGCUGGCCCUGCUGUGCUCUUGUCCUUUGGUGUGGCCGCUGUGGCCUCCCUGCUGGCAGCCCUAUGCUAUGCAGAAUUUGGGGCACGUGUGCCACGCACUGGCUCUGCCUACCUGUUCACCUACGUAUCCAUGGGUGAGCUGUGGGCCUUCCUCAUCGGCUGGAAUGUUCUCCUCGAAUACAUCAUCGGUGGCGCCGCCGUGGCCCGUGCCUGGAGUGGCUACCUGGACUCUAUGUUCAGCCACAGCAUCCGCAACUUCACUGAGACCCACGUGGGUUCCUGGCAGGUGCCCCUCCUGGGCCACUACCCGGACUUCCUGGCUGCUGGCAUCAUCCUCCUGGCCUCUGCCUUUGUCUCCUGUGGAGCCCGCGUCUCCUCCUGGCUCAAUCACACCUUCUCGGCCAUCAGCCUGCUUGUCAUUCUCUUCAUUGUCAUCCUGGGCUUCAUCCUGGCCCAGCCUCACAACUGGAGCGCUGAGGAAGGCGGCUUUGCACCCUUCGGCUUCUCCGGCAUCAUGGCCGGCACUGCCUCCUGCUUCUAUGCUUUCGUGGGCUUCGACGUCAUUGCCGCCUCCAGUGAGGAGGCCCAGAACCCACGGCGGUCCGUGCCUCUGGCCAUCGCCAUCUCACUUGCCAUUGCAGCUGGUGCCUACAUCCUUGUCUCCACCGUGCUAACCCUCAUGGUGCCCUGGCACAGCCUGGACCCUGACUCAGCGCUUGCAGAUGCCUUCUACCAGCGGGGCUACAGGUGGGCUGGCUUCAUCGUGGCAGCUGGCUCCAUCUGCGCCAUGAACACCGUCCUGCUCAGCCUCCUCUUCUCCCUGCCACGCAUUGUCUAUGCCAUGGCCGCUGAUGGGCUCUUCUUCCAGGUGUUUGCCCAUGUGCACCCCCGGACACAGGUGCCUGUGGCGGGCACCCUGGCGUUCGGGCUCCUCACGGCCUUCCUGGCACUGCUGCUGGACCUGGAGUCGCUGGUUCAGUUCCUGUCCCUUGGCACACUCCUGGCCUACACCUUCGUGGCCACCAGCAUCAUUGUGCUGCGCUUCCAGAAGUCUUCCCCGCCCAACUCCCCAGGCCCAGCCAGCCCUGGCCCCCUGACCAAGCAGCAUAGCUCCUUCUCAGACCACCUACAGCUGGUGGACACUGCGCAUGCCUCCGUCCCUGAGCCAGGGGAGCUGAAGCCAGCCCUGAGGCCCUACCUGGGCUUCUUGGAUGGGUACAGCCCUGGAGCAGUGGUGACUUGGGCGCUUGGCAUUAUGUUGGCCUCGGCCAUCACCAUAGGCUGUGUGCUCGUCUUUGGGGACUCGACCCUGCACCUCCCACACUGGGGUUACAUCCUGCUGCUCCUGCUCACCAGUGUCAUGUUUCUGCUCAGCCUCCUUGUCCUGGGGGCUCACCAGCAACAGUAUCGGAAAGACUUAUUUCAGAUCCCCAUGGUUCCCCUGAUUCCAGCCCUGAGCAUCGUCCUCAACAUCUGCCUCAUGCUGAAACUGAGCUAUCUGACCUGGGUGCGCUUCUCCAUCUGGCUGCUGAUGGGACUCGCAGUGUAUUUCGGCUACGGCAUCCGGCAUAGCAAGGAGAACCAGCGGGAGCUGCCAGGGCCGAACUCCACACACUACGUGGUAUUCCCCAGGGGCAGCCUGGAGGAGACAGUUCAGGCUGUGCAGCCCCCCAGCCAGGCACCAGCACAGGACCCUGGCCGUAUGGAGUAGCUGGUCAGCCCACACUCGCCCCACCCUCCCACACCUGCUUGGGAGGCCAGAGAGGCCAGACAAGCCGAGAGCCCCUUCUGUUGUGAGCAGCCUGGGUUUGCAGGCCUGCGCAGGCUGGGGAGUCCUCAGGACCUUAGGACCUUCAUCCAGGGGCUGAGCUUUGGGUCUUUAGGAGUGGGCCUUGGCCGGUGCUGGUGCCAUGGACUCUGCCCAGAGCCUUCUUGUUUAUGAUCAGCUCCAGCUACCUGGGCAGUUGUGGUGGGGUGGAUGGGAAGGCCCACAGCCCAAGGGAUCCAUAAUAAUAAUUGCUUGGCCAGCCAUGUGGCCUGCUGGCA